AUGGCGAAAGUAUAUAGAUUGGCAACCUUACUAGAGACCGAAAAUCGCAUCACAUCUCUUGAGUGCAUCAAAGGCAAAAUCUACACUGGAGACUCCAGAGGCCAAAUCCUUUCCUAUUCUCUCAUAAGAGCAGGAACUCCCGAAGAAACUCUAGCUUCAACACAAAUCGGAAGCAAGCUUGGCAAAUCUCGUAUAGAAAAGCUUAAAGGUGAUAAGGAAAUCAAUAUCUUAUACGCGUUUUCUGAAGGAACUCUGGUAGCCUUCGAUCUUGAUCUCCUUGAAGAAGUUCAAAGUUUUGGGAAAAAUUUUAGUGGAUUUGCUGUAAAUGGGUAUUACUCAAAAAUUAAAUUAAUUGUCUGCAGAUAUGUUUUAAACUAAUUUAAAUGGAAAUUAUUUUCAUAUUAGCUAUCAAAUAAAACAUUAUUUUUUUUUACAAAAUUCCAUGUAUAAAUUUUUCCUUAUGAAGAUAUCUUGAGCCUGUAAAUGAGCAUCCAAAUUUUCACGGUAAAAUCUGUACAGUCCAGAAAAGGAAAAUUACAACUUACAACUGGAGUCCAAGCUUGAGAAACAACCGAAAUAGGCUUGGUGGGUAUUUAGUUGAUAAAGAUAAUUUUAUGAUCCCCGAUGUUCCAGCAGUCAUUGUCUGGUAUGGUACAAAUAUUUGCAUUGGAUUUCACAGAAGGAAUUAUCUAAUCAUCAACUCCGAGGACGGUAGAAUUACUGAUAUUCAGGUCCCUUCCGCUACCACAAACUACACUCCUUAUAUAAAAGUGGUUGGGAGUGAAUUUUUCUGUCUAUGGGGAAACAAUUUGCUCCUGCCGUUUGAUUCUGAUACAGGUCAAAAUGCUAUGAGAAACCCUAUAAGCUUUGCAGAAUCCAAACAUUUGGUAAGCGCAGGGUACCAUGACCCUUAUUUGACUGUAAUGACUGAAAACAGUAUUGAAGUAUUUAAUGCGAUUGAUGGAAUGCCAGUCCAACAAGAGUCCUUACCUCAAGGAUCUGCAGCCCUUGCCCUUGCAGACACUGAUUAUCCUAUGAUUUGUGCAACAACUGCAGGAAUAAUGACUUUAAGACCUGUCCCAGUAAAUGAGCAAAUCACAAAACUGUUGACUGACUGUAGGAUCCCAGAGGCUAGAGCUUUAAUAGAAAAGCAUAUAGAUCCCACCGCAUUAGAUGCUGAUGCCCAAUAUGAGCAGUUUAAUUUAGACGCUGCUUGGUGCUUAUUCAAAGAAUUGAGAUUCAAGGACUGUAUUGAUUAUUUUAUGCCGACUAAUUUUGACCCAAGAGAUAUCAUGAGCUUAUUCCCUGAAUACUGUGACGAAAAAGUAUCAAGAGCUUGCAUGACCCAAACAAAUAUAAGGCAGGUCGUUAGGAAUAAUUUAGCAAAAAAAGGAAACUCAUUUGACUCAAGAAAUAUAUCAGAAGCUGAAUAUGAUAGAAUUCUGACAUGCAAAUUUUAUGUUAUCACACUGCUGCAGCAGAAAAGAGAACCAAUCUUCAAGCCACCAAAAGCUGCAAGAACUGUUGGAACUUAUCAAUUUUUAAAUUCGCCUUUUUCAGUGAACAGACUUACUGCAGACCCAAUAACAAGAGAUGAAGCUUUAGAAAUGAUAGAUACUUUUCUGCUUAAAUGCAUUGUAGAUAUCGGCUCAGAAGAUAGAUCAGCUUCAAAAUUUAUUGACCACUUCAAAAGGACUCAUUUAACCAUGCUAGAAGGGCUAUUUGAUCCCCUUUAUAAGCCUCAGCUAAACUUCAAUGAAUCUGAGAGAUAUUUAAAAGAGAAAAAAGACCCAUAUGCUUUAGCAAUGCUCUAUGAAGCUUUUGUCAGAAAAGUCGAAGCAUUAAAAAUAUUCAGGGAGCUUGGAGCAGACAACAAUAAAGGUAUCCAAGAGCAAGCAGCAAAACAAACGGUCAAAGUUCUGUUAAAAGUUAGUGACAAGCAAACCAUUUUUGAAUAUUCCCAAUGGGUUCUGAAUGCUUUUCCUUUGAUUGGUCUUGAAGUGUUCACAUCUCCUGAUGAAACCCAUCAUAUCUCUUAUGAUACAGUUUUAGAACAUUUGGCGACUUUCGAAAGAGAAGUCCCGCUGGUAGAAAUUUAUCUGAAAUGGCUUGUAGAAGUAAAGCUUAUUGAUGCUGAAAGGUUCCAUACAAGACUUGCACUAUGCUAUAUUGAUAAGCUUUUCAGGAUGCUACCGAGAGACAGCUUCAAUGAUGUUCCACCUGAAGGGGUAAAUACUAGCACAUUUAUUAAGUAUGGAAAAGAUUUGUUGAUGUUUUUGGAGACGUCUAAAAACUACAGGGGCUCAACUAUUUUGGAGGAAAUUAGAAACUCAUGGCUUAUUGAAGCUGAAGUGCUACUGCUAUCAAAAGAAAAGCGCCAUAUGGAAGCUCUGCAUAUUUUAGUUAAUAAUGGAAUGCUAAAAGGAGAUUUUGAGAAAGCUGAAAAAUACUGUAUUACGCAUUGUGACAAUUUACUAACCCAGCUCCUCAAAAUCUACAUCGAAAAAGCCUUGAAUUAUGAAACCUUAAUGAAAGAGUCACAAGAGCCAAAAAUGCAUGAUGACGCUCAAAACAUGCUGAUGCGAUUCCAAAACUGCGCCUUUAAACUUCUACAAAAAUAUGCCACAAAUCCUGAGUUAAACCCUUUACUUGUUAUGGAUAUCAUUCCUGACCACUGGUCUCUAUCUGCAGCUACAAGCAACUCUUUGCAACUGUAUUUGCAUGUAGCCCUUUCUCAUUCUUUACACACAGGCCGUGUAACCAAAAUCAUUAAGCAUUUAUCAGACAUGGACGCCAUUCAAACUGAAUGUGAGUGGUACAAUUGCAGAAAAUCAAGUGUAAGGAUUUCGAAUGAAAGACUUUGUGAUCUUUGCAAGAAAAGAAUUUCUGAUAGGCCAUUUGCAGUGUAUCCAAAUGGAAAAGUCGUGCAUCAGUCAUGCACAAAGUCUCCAAAUAUUUGUCCAGUUACACUUACCAAUUUCGAAAAUUUAACAUAA